GUUGCGUCCCAUCGACGCCGCAUCACGUGCGAGCGACCUGCGCUUGCGCUCAAACAAUGAACUGUUUUUGUAACAACUAAAUCUAACUAACCGCAACUAUUUAAUUUCAUUACACAUGAUUGUGACCUGUGAUAAAGAUACUCAGCGAAAAUGAGAACGGCAUGGAGCAAAUGUUUACAGUGUGUUUUUCUAUCUCAGUAUUAACAGUGAUACAUAGUGAUAGUGAAUAUUGUGAUACACAUCUGAUAAGGACAUUUAAGACACGUGCAAUAUGAGCCGGUCAAGGUUAGAGUGCGGCCGCCGAUAGUGGACUGGACUGAGAUGCGGAUAGGUGGAAACGGUGGGACUCAUAGUGGUUGUGUAUAAGAGCGAUGCAUGGUGUGUGAGGUGGGUUCAGCGGUCAUGGACAUGAGCGGUGAGGGUGGCGGGGCGGGGGGCGGGAGCGCGCUGCAGCAGCGCUGGUACGACAGCCGCGUCAACGGCAGCCCGGCGGCUGGUGACGUCAACGAGGCCAACGGCGACUUCUUCCACUCGCCGCUGGAGGGCGGCCACCACAGCCGCGCGCGCUACUACCACCAGCAGAUGCACGCCCCCUACUCAGCUGCGGUCAGCUCGCAUGGUCGGACGCUGAGCGGCGGCAGCGGGCAGGUGUGCCGGCCGCACUUCCACACGCCGCUGCACCCGUGGCUGGAGUCGAAGGCGCUGGGCGGCGGCGCGUGGGGCGGCGGCUUCCAGCAGGACGCCGCGCCCUCGGACAAGCCGCUGUCCCCGGCGCAGCACCACCACCCGCACCCCCUGUUCUCCUUCCCGCCGACGCCGCCCAAGGACUCCACGCCGGACUCCGUGGCGGCGGCCACGCUCGGCCAGCAGGACUACCAGGCGGCCGUCGCGCACGCCACCGCCAUGAGCGUCGCCUUCAUGCAGCAGCAGCAGGAGCUGCCGCUGUGCGGCGACGUCAAACCUAUGAUGGGCGCGCCCCCCUCGAAGCAACGCGAAGGUGCGCAGCCGGACUCGUGUCCCCAGGAGUCGAGCCAGCCCUCCGGGGAGUACAACGCGCAGUACAACGCCGCCGGCGGCGACUACUACAACUACCAGGGGAAAGGGUUUAGUGGGGCGCAGCAGCAGAGCAAGCCGCGCCCGAACAAGACGCGAACUAGCGCCGAGGGCCGGGAGUGCGUGAACUGCGGAGCGACCAGCACUCCUCUGUGGCGGCGCGACGGCACCGGCCACUACCUCUGCAACGCCUGCGGCCUCUACUACAAGAUGAACGGCCAGAACCGGCCCCUCAUCAAGCCUAAGCGAAGAUUGGUGAGUUCGCUGCAAAGCGCGGCGAGACGAGCCGGCACGUCGUGUGCGAAUUGCAAGACGACGACCACGACGCUAUGGCGACGCAACCAGAACGGGGAGCCUGUGUGCAACGCGUGCGGGCUUUACUACAAACUACACAACGUGAACCGACCACUAACGAUGAAGAAGGAAGGCAUCCAGACAAGAAAUCGGAAACUGAGCAGUAAAAGUAAGAAGAAGAAGGGUGGCAUGGGCAUGGGGGGAGGAGGCGCGUGCGCACUCGCGCUGGGAGGGGUCAUGGGGGACAUGAUCAAGCCGCUCGGAGACGCCACCAAGGGCUUCGGCGGGUCGGCCUUCCCUUCGGCUAUGGACUUUGGACAACACCAAGUGGGUCUGGUGCACCCUGCGGCGGCGCACAUGUCCCACUGGUACGGAGCACCGCACCAGGGCUUCGCCCCUCCGCCGACCUCGCACAACCCUUACCACCACCAUCACCUCGCGCAACUUAACUCUAUGACUGGCUGGAGGAGUGAGUAUACGUGAUAA